AUGGACUAUUCCCCGCCAACCUCUCCGCAACCAUCAUGGCAAUCACCAAAACGAAGACCACCGCAUCAGACCGGAACGGCAAAAAAUGAACAAGCCCAGCCCUGGACAGCGACGAGAUGUCACCGCCUACUUCGCCCUCUACUUGCCCAUAUCGGCACUUUGAAGAAGGAGAAAGCGCGACGGUCGGGAGUAACCGACAGCAUAGACGACGGAAAUGGCCCACCGAACGCGAGUCCAAGUAAGCAAAAAGGUCGAGGUGGUUCAAGACAGACAAUAUACCACAGCAAGGCAUCAUCACGAGCACACUUGAAGACGCCCGAGAAACCGCGGCGACAACGAGCUGGCAGAAGGCCUGUCCAAGAAAAUGCAGUACCUACUCCCUACCUUAGGCAUACUACGAACCACCAUCUAGCAUCGUCUCCAGCUCAGCCCGUUUUAUUUGCUCCAACAGAAAACACCUUAACCAACGAACCUGGAGGAAGCGCAAGGUGUGUUCACAGAGGCUAUAAGGGAGGUCGAUGCAUGCUGGAGGCGUCGUUGAGUCAACUUCGGGAAACGGUGGACCGAGAGAUGUACUCAACAUAUGAGGCUGUCUUCCGCGCGCUGGAUGCCUUGCUCCGAGCUACCUGUCCUCCAGAGCCUCAAACCAGCGGCUCCUCCAAGUCCCUCCUCGCCAUGUGCUUGCGGAGAAUACCGGAUUACAUCGCAGAGCUCGAAUACUGGGAGAAAACGGACGCCGAGGCAAACAAGACCAAGUCCGUCAUACAAGAGCCCAAAGCGUCAUUCUACAUCUACUCUGAGCUUGAGUCGCUGGGUGCGUUGGGAGGAUGGAAACAUCUCCGCACAGUAGUCAGAGCCCAUGGCGUCCAGAUUAUCCAGGGUGCCAUCAGGGACGGUUUGGUAGAGGAUCGAGUGGCAACUACGCUCAUCGGUCUCUGUUGUAUGUACCUACCGUUUGUCGAAUCCAUGGGUCUUAUCGAUGUUUUUAUUUCGCGUCAAUACUCACCACCAGAUCCCUCCGUGCGUGACGGGCUCACGGUGAAAGCACCUGCUCUAUUUCCGCUCUGGGCGUUUGGAUUGGGCAAUGGGACGACUAAACGCUUCAUGCUUGGAAAACUGGCCGAUCUUUUUGGCGAUGGCUCUUUGCCGGCGGAGUGGUUGCUCGUCGAUGCCUUCAAGAACACGCGCCUAGAUGCCAUGGCGAAAAUGUUCUACGGCGCCGGGCAAGACUGUGUUGAUUUCAUGAUCACCAUGAUCAACGUUCUUUCCCCUUUGAUGUCAGCAUGGAGGAAAAAGAAGACGCUGGCUUCAGCUUCUUGUUCUUCCACUGACAAAAAUCCGCACCAAGAAGCAGCCGCAGUCCUAACUGGGGGCAUGGCAACGCUGGUGUCAGAGGUGCUCAGUUAUUUGGACGACCCUGACAGGGAACGGCCCACGCUGACGCCGGCUCAGCGAGCGGUGUUUGUUCACCGCGUGCGGUACAUCUUCCGCGCAUACCUCCUUCAUGCCAGAAAGACGACGGGUCUCCCAACUCCCGCUGUGUAUCUUAUCAGUCUCUGCGAUUUCCUCGCAUUCAGAACCGAGUCCUCGGCCGCAACCAUUGCCUCAGCAGCAUGGAAAGAGGUAAAGAGCGGCCAGCGCAUUGACCGUCGGGACGAGCAAUACUUGACCACACUGGGAGUUUUGAGCACGAUAGUGAGCAACUACAGUCGGGAAAAUGGGUCAACCAGCGCCCACACCUACAUUCCCCAAAUCUGUGACAAGCUGAAAGUGCUGCAGAUUCCCGACAAGCUCCCCUACCACCCGUUUGAGAACAUUGACAUUGACGUCGCCUUCGCCGUUGCGUUCCAGACCAACGAUCUCCAGGACCUUGCCUACGCUGAAAAGCUAUGGGCCAAGAAGAACUCCGUCACCUGCUCUUACACCUGGAUGAAGCCGACGCCCUACUACGAAGAGCGCAUCCGCGCCAGGGGGGAGUCGGAGGGUAAGCCCUUUUCAGGAUUCAAGUGGGACGAUGCUCUGAGCGAGUGGGUCACGCUAGACUCCCCUGAAUCGCCCGUGGGAGUAGGCGGAGGUCGAAUGACGAGGAGGUCGACAAGGUGCCCACCUAAGACGGAUGCGCUCCAACAGUAUCCUUCUCCUACGACUGCUACACCAGCUGCCGUUGCAUCCGCAUCUACAUCUACAUCAGGGACCAAUCGCAGACCAACGCGCGGUACGCGCCUGUUACGAUCUAGCUCGGCCUCUACUACAACAACGCCUGCCACCGACGAUAACACAGUCGAUGACGACGACGACCUCGAAAAUGACGAAGAAGACGACAACAGCUCUGAAACCUCCACUACCACAUCUCAAACCGAUGCUGACGUCGCCUCAGAUUCUGAAUGGGAUUCCGACUUUGAAACAUCAAAUGUCGUAGGCUUAAACAAAACACGCCAUCAGCAGAUACCAACCCCAAGAACACAACCACCUCCUCCAAGAACGCAACCGCAACCGCAACCGCAACGGCGGCGGCUGAGCGGCAACAAGCGAAAGUUGAGACCUCUCGAUACUGAGGACGAGGAUGAGGACGGCCAAGAAGGGGACUCCAAUGAGGAUGACGACAACGAUAACCUCAUACGUUGUCCUGUGGCUAAAAGGCCUCGGACGAGGGCUUCAUUGGCUGCUGCUACUGCUACUUCUGGUGCUAGUUCUACUGCCAGUGGUAUUGCUACUGCUAGCGGCAGCGGCACCAGUGGUGGUGGCCGAACUGCCCGGCGGUCACUCGGGAGAUAUGCCGGUAGCAGCGGCAGUGGCAGGGCGGUUCAUGAAGAUACCAGCGAAGAUGAACUUGGCUAG